GUUAAACCGUUUUAAGGAAUCAUUUACAUCUCCGCUCUUCCGCAGUCUGGUGACGUUUCAUCAUCAUGACCUGCACUCACGUACAACGGCGACAGGUGUAGCGCAGUAACCCCGGAAGUAAGAAAAGAGGAAAACAACAGGAGUCGUCAUAUUGAAAUCAUGGAUAAGACCGUUCAACAGGAUUUUGAGAACCAGUUCAAUGAUGCAGUCUCAAGGCUUCAGUCAAAGAACUUAUUUCAAUCGGACUGGGACAUUGCCUCCUUUGCAGUUUUCUUCAUCUUUAUAGGCAUGGUCCUCCUGCUUGUUAUCUUGGUUCUUAUCCGCUGCUGUUGCUGCUGCUGUUGUGAUGAGAAGCCAAGAAGACAGAAGGUGGGCAUCGAAAACAUGGGCAUGGAGCCAUGAUCCUCUUGAAAAGUGAACAACUUAUCCCCAUACAUACACAAAUCACCUACAAACUAAUUAAUUGUGUGAAUCUCUCAUCACUAAUUAUUACUUAUACUUGCAUGUCUUAUUGAAGGAAGGACAUUUUAGAUAAAACAGGUUCCUUGUUGUCUUAAACUGAUGUUAAAUAUUUACCCAGUUUUUUUUUUAGAAAUGACACUACUGAGUGUUGAAUCUUGUAGAAACUAAACGCACGCCCAAGACAAAUGAUCUCCAUUGACAUUUCUUUUGUGUUUUUAAAAGUAUAUUUCAUUUGUAAGCCAAGUAGAAUCCAGUAGAUAUCCUGGACUACAUGUUGACUGAUAAAUAUAAUAUAUUAAUCAUUUACAGACUUUGUGCACUUUCAGAGUUUUUAUACUUUUAUAUAAAAAUGGAAGUAGUUAAUUAUUGAAGAGCCAGAACUAUAAUGAGCAUUGCUUUAUUGAAAAUUAAAAUGACAGUGAACUACUUGACUUGUGUAAAUGUGAGACCUUGUAAGCGUUAAUAAAAUGAAAAAAUAACAAAUGCUGAAAGUUAUGUUUUAGUGGCCAUAUGAAUACACAAAAUAAAUAGAACAAUUGAA